AAGGAAAAAAUAAAUAAAAAAACUAACUUACUGUGCUUACCCUUUCCGACUUUGACAGUAUAUUGGAAUUUUUAAUAAUUGUUGUCUUUUUGUCGCGAGCCUUCAAUUUGUUUGUCUGCGGUCGCCCUUCCCUAAUUAAAUUUAAUUGACCUUAAUUGACCUUAAUUAGCAUGGAUUUGGAAUCUAAUUAGCAUAUCAAUUAGUUCUAAUGAAUUUAUAAUUAUGCAAGGUUAAACCAUUGCCGUCCAUUUCAUUUUGCUUAUAUGAAGUAAGUGGGCAUGGCAAGUCAAUAUCAGUCUGUCAAAAUGAUGAAAUGGCAGAAUUUAUAAGUCAACAAAAUUAUGUUGUAAUUUUAUUUUUUCACUAAAAAUAUUUGCUUGAAAGCAUUCUGGUUUUAAGAAAUGAACAAUGUGUGUGUAUUGUGAAAUACCUUCAAGUCAUAAAGAGGUUUUCUACAAUGGUAUGUCAGUAUGUUUGUAAAUAAUAUAUAACCUGAUGUUUUAAUAUUAAACAGGAAUACUUCAGGCCUGGGAAUACCUCAAAUUUCAAAGCUAAAGUUUUUAUAUUUCACAAUAACCUUUAUACUUUAGAAAAUCCUGAUGUAAAAAAGUCGAAGGACAAUGGUGAUAUUUUGUAUCUACAAAUAAACAUUGUCGGUGACGCAGGCUGCGGCAUAACGUCCCUCAUUGACGCAUACCAAGCUGAUGAAUUUCCAUCGAUUACUUCAGUGUCUCGUUAUGCUCGUUAUAAACUAACGAAGAUUGCUAAUACGCCUGUAGAGAUGAUUUUUUAUGAUACAAUAGGCCUAGAGGAUUUUGAUGAUGUUCAGAGGAGAUCGUUAAUGUUUAUGUUCUCUGAAAUUAGUAUCUUGUGUUAUUCUGUUGACUCUCGGCAGAGUUUUGAAAAAAUUUCUAGCCAAUGGUGGCCUGAGGUUAAAGCAGUUAAAGCUAGCCUGACGAAAAAACCAUAUAUGCUGGUUGGUUUAAAAAAAGAUCUCAGCUCUACUAAACUAGAUUGUAAUGGAAAGUCGGAGUGUGUGACGACUAACGAAGGGAAGGCACUUGCAAAAUCAAUUGGUGCUGUGAGUUUUGUAGAGUGUUCAUCAGUUACUAACGAAGGAAUUAACGAAGUUUUUGAAAUGGCCAUAAAUAAACACUACGAGGAAUGGAGGAAGAAAUUUGGAAUCGACAACAAAGUUCAAGUUUGGAAAUGUUUAUGUUGUUGGAAUUCAAACUAAUUGAUUUUGAUUAACUAAUUAGUAUUUAAUUAGUAUAACUAGUAGUAACUAAUUAGUAUGACUAGUAGUAUUAAUUGACCAAUUGAGCUGUAUUCCACCCCAAUGUGCCCUAUCUUAUUAUAUUAAUCUGUCUAAUGCCAGAUGGUUUUACCUGUCUUGAGGAGAGCACUAGGCUCAAUGGGUUAAUUAAUAAUUGUUAUACUGUAGUAACACUUAAAAUUGACUAGUAUUGUUGCAUAUCAAAUUUUGGCAAAAUAUAUAAUUUUGUACCACAUAUGCUUUAUUCAAUAAUCAGGCAAAUUUCCCUAUCAUAUAAGCCCCACAAGUAUAAGCCCCCUCACUAUAUUCAGUAAUGCUCAGGCCAUUCCGAAUAUAUUAAAGCCAGACAUUCCAACUCUGCCGAUUUUACUGGGAGUCUCACGAAAAUUCAUGCAGUCUCCCGAUUUUUGUCAAAUUCUCCCGAUUUUUCAGAAUAUUCAGGAAAUAUAAAAAAAUUAUAAAUAUACUGUUUUUAGCAACAUAAUAGUCUGUCUCGGACCUUUUUUGAAGUUACUUUAGGGCAAUUUAUAGGAUCAUUUAUAGCAACAUAGUCCCAAAAUGCAGGAAACACCAUUUCAGAAGACUUAAUUUUUAUUAUUUUUCCCAGAAGAGCUAGAUUUCAAUUAACUGAACAUGAGUCUCCCUAAAUUUUACCUCCAGUAGUUGGAAUGUCUGUAAAGCGCCCCUCCCAAAUAUAAGCCCCUCUGUAUCAUAUAGGCUUAUUAUUGGGCAGGUAUUUAUAAAUACAGCAACCUGUCCGAUUCCAUGCAACAAAAUUACAUUACAGUAUUAUAAUAUGAAUUUUUUCUGUGCUGGUGUUGUGUACUCAGGUGAAUAAUAUGUUUGUGAUGUUACUCUGAGUGCAUAUCCACACCGGGCGAGCUUGAAAAAUAUGCCCGGCCACGGUGGGAUUCGAACCUACGACCUUUGGAAUACUAGCCCAAUGCUCUUCCAACUGAGCUACGCGGUCAGGAC